UUUCUGUUCUAGCUGUCAGAUGUUUAAUGGUUGGAAACUGAGGUUGGCGAGAACUUGAUUCGUUUUUUAUUAUGUAGAACGAAACACUUCGGAAGCAGCUUGUUACCAUAUCAGCUGAAACAUUGAAGGUACCGAUAAAUAUUGAUAGAGGAUAAAAUCAAGGCAUAAUGAAUGAUAAACUCACCAUAAAAGAUAUUAUUUUCACCAAAGCACUGCCCAACUACAAAAUUCCUGUGCCAACUGAUGGCUAUAAAACUUUUUCAUGCACUGACUGUGGAGACAAAUUCCUAUUUGAGUCCAGUUAUGAAUACCACAUCAACCGCAAAUCCCUCAAGAUUUCCUAUUUUUGCAGGCACUGUAUGAUAGUUACAGUAUUUUUUAAUCGAUGUAAAUUGUUAUCCCACAUAAGAUCUCAUGCAUUUAAAUUUGCUACAAUAACUGUUGCCGACUUAAAAAUAGAACCACUGCCAUUUGAUAAUCUGCCAUUUGAAAAGUCCAAUUCAUCUAAUUUACCAAGAUCACAGAACGAACCAGAAAUUUAUUCAAGGCAAAAAAAGAAAAAUAUUUGCAAUGAAUGCCAUCAUGACAUACAUAAUUAUGGAGUAACAUUUAAAGAUAGAGCAGGACAUUAUAUGCACAAUAUGCAGGAGGAACAUUCAUGUCCUAUCUGUAUGUUUAAACUGCCGACUGUAUGUGCUCUGGAAGCUCAUUUACGCAUACAUUUAAAAAUUCCUCCGUACUUCUGUCCAGAAUGUGGUAUGCAUUUGCCUCACAGACUUACAUCCUAUCCAUUUGACCAUGAUUGUAAAGGUUUUAAAUUUAUGAAAUCAGCAACUACACUGUCAUGCCAGUUUGAGGGUUGUAAAGCAUUAAUUCACCCUGAUGAACACAGAACACAUUUUAAAACUCAUCUAAAAAAAGUUUUCAGAUGCUCAUAUUGUUUAGAAAUGUGGUAUAAUGAAACUAAAUCUAAUUGUACACUCUGUAAAAAAGGAAAUAUCUCCAGUUACGUUCAAUGCCCACUAUGUCCUCUUAAAUUAUUUGCAGAAAGUCUUAUUGGGAAACAUUUAGAUGCACAUUGUGCAAAUAUAAGAGAUGUGUUGAUUAAUCAAUCUUAUAAAUGUACAUCUUGCAAUAUAGUUUUUGAACAAAUGAAAAAUUUGCUAUAUCACCAUGUCAACAUACAUUCAUCAACUCAUUUACAAACAUUUCUUGCAAAAUUUUUAGUAAAAACUGCAAACAAAAACCAGAAGUUUCGAAAGUAUGUUUAUCAUCGUGUUAUUAAAAAAUGCAGCAAAUGUUUAAGGAGCUUCACAUAUAGAUGCCUCUUUGAAAAUAUCAAAAAACUACCUAAUGAUUGUCCCUUUAGAUGUUAUACAAACAAUGAGGCUGUGAGUACUUCACAGUCUAAUGAAACUAAUGACAAUUCGCAAAUAGAGUGCUUCUUAUGCAAAAGGAAAAUAAGCCAAAACUGGAACAAUAUUAAGGUUCACUAUUCAGAACAUCACAAAAAUCACAAAUGUCUGGACAUUCAAGUAUUAUUGAACCAGCUAGAUAAAAAAUUGUUAACAAAAAAAUCUUCCAAUAUAAACUUAAAAGGUACCAGUGCUAUAGUCAAGAAUAAAUUAAAAAAGAAUAAAUUGAAAGUAAGUAAAGUCGUACCAUAUGAAACAGCAGCAACCAAUGAGAUAUUAAAGAAGCCACACAGAUGCAUUGUAUGUAAUUUUAAUUGUGAAAAUAUACAAGAUUUGGAAACUCACAUGAUUACUCAUAGAGAUCCUUGCAUGGCAUACCAGUGUUUAGAAUGUGGAAAGUCAUUUGUUGUCAAACCAUCUUUCUCAACUCACUUAUUAUUGGAACAUGGUAUAUCUGAUGUACAAGAAUACAUAGACAAAAAACCAUGCUAUAAUGAGUUAGCUUUGUUAAAAGAUCAGAAUGUUUUAAACCCCCCUGUUGAUGAACCAGUUAAAGAAAACCAAUGUAGAGUUUGUAGGGAGCAGUUUGAAACUUCUAAUGAAUUAGAAAAACAUUUUAGAGUACAUGGCAUGGCAUUUCUUCUGAAAAAUGCACGUAAAAAAAGUAUUCAACCUUAAAGUAAAUUUGUUGUUAUAGCAGAGGUGGUUAUAUUGUUUUUAUUAUCAAACUUGUCCAUGUAUCUUCUACUAGAUAUCUGUUUUUAAUAUCUAGAAAAUGGGUUGACAAGUUAUAUUUUUUUUUUAUCUUGUUAUAUAUAAUAGAUAUAUGAAUAUUACUAUUUACCAAUAUUUGUUAAUUCCUAUAACUUAGUCUAAUGUAAGAGCAGGGGCGUCACACUCUGUGCGCAUGUGGUGAUUUCCGACGGAAGCUUAUAACCUUAAUUUUUUAUAAUGCUAUACAAAAUUAAGAUAAACGAUACUUGUUGGUAUCCUGGAUUGUAAUUUUUAGUGCCGUUAAGAUACAUAUACACAAUUGUGAUAUAAUAAUAUUUGUAAGUAAUUUUAA